CAAGCAGGGCUAGAUUCCGCAUUCCUCCGCGGAGUGUUUACCAAAUCACGACAAUGCCUUGCAGCUUGCUGAAUAUCUGUGAAUAUGACACUCAAAAACUCGUUAAAAUCAAGAGCGUCAAACUUGGUUCCCUGAAAUGGACACUAAAUGGAGUUAUCUUGAUGUUCAUUUGUUUCAUGAUGUUAUGGAAUAAAGAAUAUCAAGAGUAUGAUAGUGUGGUGAGCUCUGUCACCACAAAGGUUAAGGGAGUGGCAAAGGCAAAUAUACCAGACAUUGGGGAAGUUGUAUGGGAUAUGGUGGACCACAGUGGACAAUCUCAGGGGAAAAACUCAUUUUUCGUGGCAACAAAUGUCAUUGUCACAAAGAACCAAAAACAAGGUAAUUGCCCAGAGGCCCUACCAAAUGGGAAGCAGUGUCGAACAGAUAAAGACUGCGAGAAAGGGUUUUCAGACCAGUUUAGCCAUGGUGUGCAAACAGGAGCCUGUGUGAAGUUUGAUGUACUAAAGAAAACAUGUGAAGUUUCAGCUUGGUGCCCAAUUGAGAACAAGAAGAAACCCAGACCUGCUCUUUUGCUAUCUGCAGAAAAUUUCACUGUGAUGAUUAAGAAUAACAUCAGAUUUCCAGCCUUUAACUACAUAAGAAGAAACAUCUUACCUGAAAUGAAGGAUACUGAGCUUAAAGGUUGCCUUUAUAACCCCUAUACAAAUCCAUACUGUCCCAUUUUCCGUCUGGGGGACAUUGUGAAUGAGGCCAAGGAGAACUUUGCCAGUGUGGCAGUAGAGGGUGGUGUAAUUGGGAUUCAGAUCAACUGGGACUGUGACCUGAACAGGAUCUUUCACAGCUGUCUGCCCAAAUACUCAUUCCGUCGCUUGGAUGAAAAAGAAAGUAAUCGUACCCUGUAUCCUGGCCUUAACUUCAGGUUGGCAAGAUACUCGACAGUGAAUGGUGUGGAGCAGAGGACCCUAUUUAAAAUGUAUGGCAUUAGGUUUGAUGUCAUGGUGUUUGGGAAGGCUGGAAAGUUCAGCAUUAUUCAGCUUAUCAUCUACAUUGGAUCGACUCUAUCAUAUUAUGCUCUUACCACAAUCUUCCUUGACUGGCUUAUUGGCACCAGCUGUUACUCCAAAGAGGCCAAACAGAACUACUCUGAGAGAAAGUUUGAGCCAGUACGAGACAUACAAAAGUGUUUCCUUUGUGUGUCAUUUGUGGAUAAAAACAAUUUAAGGGUGGUGAAAAAAUCCAGAAAGAAAAGACUACAGGAGACAAAACCCCUUUCCUUUCACGAGCGUAAUAAUGAUAUGGCCAGCAUGAAGACCCUGAUCAGUGUGCUGCAUUGUGGGCAAAUCACAAGUUUGAAUGGCCAGAGUGGUGGGCUUAAGAUAGACGAAAACCUGCCCAGCAGGCAAAGCAAUGUACAGAGCACAGACACACCAUUACUGGAGAUGCCUCAGUCUGGGAGUCCGGUCUGGUGUCAGUGUGGAUGCUGCCAGCCUGCUGCCACCUUGCACGAGCAGCUGUGCUGUCGAUCGAGCAAGGGGCGCUGCAUAACCUCCUCCCCUCUUUUUUCAACACUGGUCCUCAGUCGCUCCGUCCUGGAGACAGCUUUGUUCUAUGUGGAUCCCCUAGCAGAGCUGCGUGAGGGAGCUCAGCUGCGUCAUGGGGCCUAUGCUCAAUUAAUUAGGUGGCGGUUUGGUGACAGCACACCCAGGGAAGCUAUUCCAGUAAUACCCAGUUGCUGUGUGUGGAGGAUAAGGGCAGAAUACCCCAGCCCUGAUGGAAAUUAUAGUGGCCUAAAACUUCAUCAUGUCACACCCUCUUAGGCAGUGCUUAAUGUAUAAUAGACUUUAUCAAGAGCUUUUUGAUUGGAUGCGCAAUCAAACUGACGAUGCCUUAUAACGUUGCAAAAAAGAGAAUGUUACUAAAUAUGAUCAAUAACACAACAUUAUGCAUUUAUUUUUUCAAUUGUAACCUGCAAAGCAACCACAUGAUAUACCAUAUCAACAUUAAAAAGAGAAAGAGGAAUUUAAAAUAAAAAUAAAAGCAGGUUGCCAAGUUCGUUUUUAACACAGAUGCAUACGUCUUUUAUCCAACUAACAAAAACAUCUAAUGAAUCCAGAGCUCAAUCAUGUAUGAUCAUUUGGUUUAUUAAUGAUUUGGUGUGUUAUUAAACAUACACUGAUACACAGUGAUACACUGAAACUGUAAUAAAUUAAGUAUAUUGUAAUUUAUCAAAUAAAUGAAAUGUAUAAAGUUUGGUAUAUGGGUAGUUCACAUGAAAUACAUUGGGGAUGUUGAUGCCCUGCUGUAUACAUGCAGUCUAAAAGAUUAUAAAAAGCACAGAAUAUUUGUAGUUUUACAAAUGAUUGCACAACCAUUUGAAAAGGAAAUGAUGACCUAAAGAAAUGUCACCUAAAAUACGUGCAGUACAUACACUCACUAAGCACUUUAUUGGGAACGCUAUGGUUCUAAUAAAGUGCCCAGUGUGGACUUCUGCUGUUGUUGCCCAUCUACCUCGAGGUUCAAUGUGUUGUGCAUUCUGAGAUGCUAUGCUGAACUCUACAACUAUACAGAGUGGUUAUCUGAGUUACUGUAGUCUUUGUCAGCUAAAACCAGUCUGGCCAUUCUCCAUUGACCUCUCUCAUCAACAAGGUGUUUCCAACUGCUGCUCACUGGUUAUUUUUGGCACCAUUCUGAGUAAUCUCUACAGACUGUUGUGCGUGAAAAUCCCAGGAGAUAAGCAGUUACAGAAAACUCAAACCAGCCCGUCUGGCAAUAACAAUCAUCCCACGGUUGAAAUCACAUUACUCCCCAUUCUGAUGGUUGAUGUAAAUAUUAACUGAAGCGCCUGACAUGUCUGCAUGACUUUAUGCAUUGCAAUGCUGCCACACAAUUGGCUGAUUAAAUAAUUGCAUGAAUAAGUAGAUCUACAGGUGUUCCUAAUAAAGUGAUCAGUGAGUGUAUAUUAUUAAUCUAAAAUCUUGAUGUUAAUUUAAAAAAUGCUCAAGGACAUGUUAAAUGUCAAAUACCCUUAGAUGUGUAUGAAACGUAUAAGUUUAAUACGGCACUUGAACACAUUGAUUUUAAUUUGUGAUGGUUUAAAGUGCGAUGAAAAUGUCCAUUCCAUUGAAACAUUCAAUCCACAUUAUCAGCGAGUCCCAUAUGAGGUUGUCUCAACAGAGUAAAAAUGUGAUAUAAUUUUGCAUAACAAAUUUUAAUUACUUAUAGCCUAUGUGAGUUUUACUCACCAAUAAAAAAAAUAUUUUUUGUUUCAAAUGGAUAAAGUUGUGUUUAGCAUUGUAGACUCCUUCCUUCAUGGAAGUAAGCAUGAACCGGUCACAAACAGCAUUCACCUGUGAGACGUUCAGGAACACUCUGAAAAUGCCUAAAUCAAAGAAUAAAAAACAAAAAACAAACACGUAACCAUUACUUUCCAAACUAAGAAAGGAGAGCGUGGCCCAAAGAUUCACAAUAGUGGGCACAAUGUUACAUUCACCAGCCUAUAGAGACAAAAAUACAGUUGGUUAAAAACUUGAAAUUGAAAUUUGUCUAAACUAAAGCCGACAUACCAUUGCCAUGGACUUCAUUGAGCCCCUCUUUGCAAUCACUGUCUGACUCAGAGACAGUGAAUUCACUUGGAACCUGAAAAAAAGGAUAAUUUUAUCAUGCAAUCUGCUAUGGUCUCUGUAGUGAAUGACACUGAAUUACUGGUAUUGUUGUAAGCAACUCUGAGCUUUUGAUAAAAGCUGAAUGAACA